AUGGAGGGGUUCAAUCCGGGCCACAUAGAACAUGUCUCGCCCAUUGAUUCGUCCGACAACCAUUCGGCAUCCUUCGUAUAUCCGCCGCCCAAAGCCGCUAAUGAGUAUAUGGAUAAUCACAACGAGGGUCACACAAGUGUAAAUCCGGCCGCAGUGCCGUCUUCCACAAUGUCCCUCAGUUUCAAAACCUCAUCCUCCCCUACUGGCGACCUGUACAUACAUUCCUCAACCUCCCCAUCGGAGGCUACUGGGCACAUUCAUCAGCCAGAAAAACUGAAUCAAAACAAUUUGAUUCAUCUCGACCCAGUACCUAACUUUAAGGAUAAAUCCGAUAUCAAGCCAUGGUUACAAAAAAUCUUUUAUCCCCAGGGGAUAGAGCUUGUGAUAGAAAGAUCAGAUACGUUUAAAGUGGUGUUUAAAUGCAAGGCUGCUAAAAGGGGAAGAAACGCAAGGAGGAAAAAAAAAGAUAAGUUCAACGAACAGGACCAAGAAGAGCAAAAGUCACAAAACAACGACGACGAAAUAGAAUAUACUAGCAAUUCCAAUUUCAUAAUAUCGACUAAUGGGCCGCAAUCAUCACCCGAUCAAGCAUCCUCCAUGAAGUCAAAGAAGAAAAGAUGCGUAUCAAGGUUCAACAAUUGCCCCUUUAGAGUACGAGCCACUUACUCGCUGAAAAGGAAAAGGUGGAGUAUAGUAGUAAUGAAUAAUAACCAUUCGCAUCUGCUAAAGUUUAACCCUGAUUCUGAAGAGUACAAAAAAUUCAAAGAAAAACUAAGGCAGGAUGAUGAUGUAGAUGCAAUAAAGAAAUUCGAUGAAUUGGAAUAUAGGACGUUGGCCAAUUUGCCCAUUCCUACAGCUACAAUUCCGUGUGAUUGUGGUCUAACAAAUGAAAUACAGAGCUUCAAUGUCGUCUUGCCCACCAACAGCAAAGUGAAUUCUUCUGCAUCUUCCUCGACUGUAUCCUCACUCUCCCUCGACUCGUUGACGGCAUCUAAGAGGCCAUGUCUACCCCCUGUAAAUAGCGCUGGCAACAUCAAUACUAACAACGUAAGGAAGCCAAAAAGUCAGUGUAAGAAUAAAGACACGCUCUUAAAAAGAACCACCAUGCAAAACUUUCUCACUACAAAGUCAAGGUUACGUAAGACGGGCACCCCAACAUCUUCACAGCAUUCCUCCACCGCACUUUCAGGCUACAUUGACGAUCCAUUUAAUUUAAACGAAAUAUUGCCCCUUCCGGCAUCCGAUUUCAAACUGAAUACCGUUACCAAUUUGAAUGAGAUUGACUUUACAAACAUUUUUACAAAAUCGUCACAUCCGCACGGCGGGUCUACUCAUCCUAGACAAGUCUUUGAUACCCAUUUGGAUGAUUGCUCCUCUAUACUAUUCUCACCAUUGACUGUAAACACCAAUAAUGAAUUUGAAGCAGAAUCGGAUGAUUUUGUUCAUUCUCCAUAUUUGAAUUCGGAGGCUGACUUUAGUCAAAUUCUCAACAAUGCCCCUCCCACUCAUCAUAUUCCAGAUCAAACACAUUUGGAAAAUCAGGAUAGUAUUGAUAGAUUUGCCAAUAGUUCCCAAGAGCAUAACGAGUAUAUCUUACAGUAUUUGACACAUUUUGAUGCGACUAACCACAAUAAUGCCAGUACUCAAAACAAUAUUUCACAUUCCUCAAACCCCCAGCAUAACAUUACUGACCUCAGCAACUCUCUUCUCAAGCAGGAAGCUUCGAUAGAGAGCUCUUCAAGUAAGAUUUUUGAUGAGUUAAAAUUCCUACAAAAUAGCCUGCACGGUGCUCAGCAUCCUAUAGACUUUCAAAAUACGAAUCAUCAUCAUAUAAGUUCCAACGAACCCCAAGUACCACCACGUCAACAUGAACUACCGCACCAGCAACAGCAAUAUCCCCACAACCAACAACACCAUGGCCAUGGUCAGCAUCAAGAAGUGCGGAACGAACUACAAGCGCAUGAAUCACUUGAAAUAAUGGGGAAUACAUUAUUAGAUGAAUUCAAAGACAUUAAGAUGGUUAACGGUGAAUUAAAGUAUGUAAAACGGGAAGAUUAG